AUGGUUUCCUUCUCUAGCCUCUUCUUAGCAGCCUGCGCUUGCGCAAGCACUUUCGCAGCUCCUGCUGUCGACGUGACCAAGCGAGCUAUCACCACCAGCCAGACCGGAGAAAGCAACGGCUACCACUUCUCCUUCUGGACCAACGGCGGUGGUGAUGUCCAGUACAACAACGGAAAGAACGGUGAAUACAGUGUGUCUUGGAAAGACUGUGGCGACUUCACUUCUGGCAAGGGUUGGAGCACCGGUAGUGACCGCGACAUCCACUUUGCUGGAGACUUCCAAUCCACCGGAAAUGCCUAUCUUGCCUUGUAUGGCUGGACCAAGGGCCCUCUCGUCGAAUACUACAUCCUGGAGAACUUCGGAGAAUACAACCCCGGCUCGAGCAUGACCAACAAGGGAUCUUUCACCAGUGAUGGAUCGGUCUAUGAUAUCUUCACCCACCAGCAGGUCGACCAGCCCUCUAUUGAAGGCAAGACAACCUUCAUGCAGUACUGGUCAAUCCGCCGCGACAAACGCUCCGCCGGUACCAUUACCACUGCAAACCACUUCAAUGCUUGGGCCCAGCAUGGAAUGCAGCUUGGCGCACACGACUACCAGAUUCUUUCCACCGAGGGAUUGGGAAGCAGUGGAUCUGCUCACCUGUCUGUUUGGUAA